UCGGUGCUCCGGAGCACGGCGGGGUACCGCUGCCCCUAAAUUGAGGCCCGCCGAGUUACUGGCGGGACUCUGGCAUGCCGCCGGGGCCGCCGCUCCUCCGCCCGCGGCGGCGAAAGGCAUUGACCAACAUUUGCUGGAUGAAUUGGAUCAUCUAUUAGGAGACUUGUUUGUUAAGUUUCUAUAAAUGAACAGACCAGUACUAUCUUGUUUGGAGCGAUGUUGAAAUUCCAAGAGGCAGCUAAGUGUAUGUGUGCAUCAACAGCUGUUUCCACUAAUCCAGAGACCUUGAUUGCAAGAAGAUAUGUGCUUCAGCAGAAACUUGGAAGUGGAAGUUUUGGAACUGUCUAUCUGGUUUCAGAUAGGAAAGCCAAAAGAGGAGAGGAAUUAAAGGUACUAAAAGAAAUCUCUGUUGGAGAGUUAAAUCCAAAUGAGACUGUGCAGGCCAAUUUGGAAGCCCAGCUCCUUUCCAAGCUGGACCAUCCAGCCAUUGUCAAGUUCCAUGCAAGUUUUGUGGAGCAAGAUAAUUUCUGCAUUAUCACGGAGUACUGUGAGGGCCGAGAUCUGGAUUAUAAAAUUCAGGAAUAUAAAGGAUCUGGGAAAAUAUUUUCAGAAAAUCAAAUAAGAGAAUGGUUUAUCCAGCUGUUGCUAGGAGUUGACUACAUGCAUGAGAGGAGGAUACUUCAUCGAGAUCUGAAAUCAAAGAAUAUAUUUUUGAAAAAUAAUCUACUGAAAAUUGGGGAUUUUGGAGUUUCUCGACUCCUAAUGGGAUCCUGUGACCUGGCCACAACUUUAACUGGAACUCCGCAUUAUAUGAGUCCUGAGGCUCUGAAACACCAAGGCUAUGACACAAAGUCAGACAUCUGGUCACUGGCAUGUAUUUUAUAUGAGAUGUGUUGUAUGGAUCAUGCAUUCACUGGCUCCAAUUUUUUGUCCAUUGUUUUAAAAAUUGUUGAGGGCGAUACACCCUCCCUCCCUGAGAGAUAUCCAAGGGAACUAAACACCAUCAUGGAAAGCAUGUUGAACAAGAAUCCUUCAUUGAGACCAUCUGCUCUAGAAAUUUUAAAAAACCCUUACAUUGCUGAACAGCUACAGCACCUGAUGUGUAGAUAUUCUGAAAUAACUCUGGAAGACAAGAAUUUGGAUUGUCAGAAGGAGGCUGCCCGGAUAAUUAAUGCCAUGCAAAAAAAGAUACACCUCCAGACUCUUCGGGAACUAUCUGAAGUGCAGAAAAUGACACCUAGAGAAAGGAUGCGGCUGAGGAAGCUCCAGGCAGCUGAUGAAAAAGCCAGGAAGCUAAAAAAAAUUGUGGAAGACAAGUAUGAAGAGAAUAACAAGCGGAUGCAAGAAUUAAGAUCUCGGAACUUUCAGCAGCUGAGUACCAAUGUGCUUCAUGAAAAAAAUCACUUAAUGGGAACAGAAGAAAAGGGGGAGCAAAUGGAGAGAAGACUUUCUUGUUCACCCCAGGAGGAAGAUGGAGAGAGACAGCCAGGCAAGGAAGAGGAAUUAGAUGAACCAGCUUCAGAGAACCUGCCUGAGUCUCAGCCUAUUCCUUCCCUGGACUUUGACUCAAGUAUAGAAGAGGCCAUCGCUGACCUUGAACAUAAUGAAAUCCCUGAAGACCCUCUUGUGGCUGAAGAGUAUUAUACCGAUGUGUUUGAUUCCUGCUCUGAAGAUAGUGAGGAGCAAGAAGAAGAAAUAGUGUUCUCAGGACUGGAGGGAGAGGUCAAGGAAGAGGGACCCCAACCAGCUUACAGAACAAACCAACAGGACAGUGAUAUUGAAGCAUUAGCCAGGUGUUUGGAAAAUGUCCUGGGUUGCACCUCUCUAGACACAAGGACCAUUACCAGCAUGGCUGCAGACAUGUCUCCAGGACCAGCUAUCUUCAACAGCGCGAUGGCCAGGACCAAGAUGCAGCACAUGAGGGAAUUGGCCAUGCAGAAGCUGGGAACACAAGUAUUUGAGGAGGUCUACAAUUACCUCAAGAGAGCAAGGCAUCAGAAUGCCAGUGAAACAGAGAUCCGGGAGUGUCUCGAAAAAGUGGUCCCUCGGGCCAGCGACUGCUUUGAAGUUGACCAGCUUCUCUAUUUUGAGGAACAGUUACUGACCACAAUGAGGAAAGAACCCACUCUCCAGGAUCCUCACUAAGGAACCAUGACAAACAAGCAGAAGUUCAAGUAGACAAGUUUCUGUGAAAAUCCAUGAACURUAUAAGCUGGACUUCAUUAUGGGAAAUGAGCACAUAACUGGAGCUCCCAUCUUUAACUUCCAUUCUCUAAUGACUCGUUUAGGAGGAGUGAGCAUGGCUGCCUGUUCUUGGAGUCAUGGGCCAUAUGAGUUGUUUGAUUUCUGUCCUGAGAUAAGCUUGCAGAUCGGUCUCGGCAUCCUGUAAAGGAUUUCCCUCAUGCUGCCUCAAGGCUCCCAACAGGGUUGGAUUGUCCCAGUGAUGGCUGAGGAGAAGCCAGCUGCUCUUUGCCAUCCCUAGUUGGAGGACAGAGCUUAGGCCUGGCUGCCUUUAGUCUCAAUGAACUGUGACCAGCUUGCUUGGGAGAGCUGUUGGAACUGGCCUCUCUGACAAGCUGGGCUGCCAAGGAGUCAGACUGGCCUUUCUCUCCCCAAUUAUUAUUUUUUAUUAUUUACUGUUGCUUGAUUUUAUAUAUAUAUCUCACCUUCCUUUUCACCUUUUUUUCUCCUGAUACUGGUGAUUCUAGCCUUCUUGCUAUUUCCCCAACAUGUUUUAGCUUUGRGGCCCAAAUUCCCUUACCCCUGUAUUUCCCUUUUUUCACGAGGUCUCUUCUCGGAUGACAGCUCCUCAGAAAGUUUUCUUUGCUCUCCCACCUUGUUUUCUCUUCAUUUUGCUGAGCACCUGUUUUUGGUCCAUGUUUCCCUUACAUGACCAGCAAGCAAGAUGUACAAGAAUACAAAAACCUGGAUUAAAAUACAAAAAGCAAUUCCCUUCUGGGAUUUAUUCCCCAGACU